CCAGCCGCCGCUCCGGGCACAGCGCCCAGCCCGCCGCCUCCCUGCGCUCCGCCGCCACCUGCCCGCCGCUAACUGCCCCGCCAUGGGUCGACAGAAGGAGCUGGUGAACCGCUGCGGGGAGAUGCUCCACAUCCGCUACCGGCUGCUCCGCCAGGCGCUGGCCGAGUGCCUGGGAACCCUCAUCCUGGUGAUGUUCGGCUGUGGCUCCGUGGCCCAGGUUGUGCUCAGCCGGGGCACCCACGGCGGUUUCCUUACCAUCAACCUGGCCUUCGGCUUUGCCGUCACCCUGGGCAUCCUCAUCGCUGGCCAGGUCUCCGGGGCCCACUUGAACCCUGCGGUGACCUUUGCCAUGUGCUUCCUGGCGAGAGAGCCCUGGAUCAAGCUGCCCAUCUACACCCUGGCCCAGACCCUGGGAGCCUUCCUGGGCGCUGGGAUCGUGUUCGGGCUGUACUAUGAUGCCAUCUGGGCCUUUGCCGACAACCAGCUUAUAGUCUCGGGCCCCAACGGCACCGCUGGCAUCUUUGCCACCUACCCUUCCGGACACUUGGACAUGGUCAAUGGCUUCUUCGACCAGGACCGGCCGCCAGUGGUGGUGGGUGCCCAUCGUCUCCCCGCUCCUGGGCUCCAUCGCGGGCGUCUUCGUGUACCAGGUCAUGAUCGGCUGCCACCUGGAGCAGCCGCCACCCUCCACCGAGCAGGAGAACGUGAAGCUGGCCCACGUGAAGCACAAGGAGCAGGUCUGAGCGGGCAGGGCCGCCCCCUGCCCCUCUCCCUGGAGCAUCCACGGACUGUGCAGGGCCCGCUCUCCGGAAGCCCCCCUCACGACCCCCCUCCAGGCUGAGAAGCUCCUUGUCUGCCCCCACCCCUCUGGACGGUCCCUCCAGGAUUUCCCACUGGACCCUGCCCACGGAGGACCUCAGGCCACUGUCCUUAAGCUGUGAUGGACAGUAGGGCCAACAGAACUUUGUCUCCCCCCGGGAGGGAGUGGGCAGCGGGCAUGUGAGAGUGUGUGUGUGUGUGUU